CUCACAUCUCACUUGCCAACCAAGCUUUAAAGACCCGAAUGCUUUAAAAGGGACUAAGCUUCUUCUUCUUUUUUAGAUCUUAAUCUAAUUUAUGAGUUGUUAGUAUCUCUUCUUCUUUUCAAAUUUGUCGUUGUUGUAGACCGCAUUAUUUGUCCCGAUGAGUUUAGCACGUCUAGUGAGGGAGUGUAAUGCGCAGAACCUCCAAGAGAGUGUCCAAGGAGGCGCCCAUACGAACACGGGCACCGCCUUCAUUCGCGCCGCGAUGAGUUUUUCCCUCUGUCGUAUUCGUGCCGAUCUGGACUGUCUAAACGGCAUUUCCAGCAAAGUCACCGCCAGCCCUUCGGACCCCUUCGUCGUCCGGGUUAUUGUCCAACCCACCCGUGGGAUUUGGGAGGGCGGGACGUUCCAUUUCACCCUUAACUUCUCCGAUGAUUACCCGUACGAAGGUCCUAAGGUGCGCUAUACUGGCCCUUAUCGUAUCUUUCAUCCUAAUAUUGAAGGGGAACGCGACCGGAAGGACUGGGGGGUUUGCCUGGGACUCCAAUUAGAAUGGCGUCCAUCCUACACAAUCAAGGACUUGGUGAUUUACAUCGAGCUGCUGUUUUCGCAUCCCGUCUGCGAAGACCCACUUCCAGGGGUUUCCAAGGCCGCCGCACAGAUGCUGAAGGAUCACCCCUCUGAGUUCAGAGAAACCGCGCGGCGUUGGAUGAGGGGGGAAUAUUGCUGAGACGGGGAAACCUUAUUGAAAAAGGACAAUUUCAUUAAGAAGUAUAGAAGAAAAUAGCCUACCAAAUUGACAUACGAAUCUCUAUUCUACUCCGUGUAGAAGAAUAUAUGAAUGCGAUAGGGGGUCUGUAUGCUUUUGAUUCAACUUCGUCUGCGGCUUUACUCAAUACAGUUCUUUUUUUCGUUAUCUUUUAUGGGCUUCUGAAUUAUUUAUAGUCGAGCGUUCAAAAUACGUUUAGUUUGCUCCUA